AGCUGUUUCCAGAACCUAAAUGGUUAAAGUAGAAAAUGUUAGUAAUUUUGCUGCAAAUAAAUUGAUCAGUAUGCAAGACGGUUGUCACCGGCUGAAUCAUGGUCCACAGUUAAGGUAAACAGAUCUGUGAUGACAUUUUCUGAGCAGAAUACCAAUGCUGCUACAUUUCUUCCCAGAGGUUUCUGACACUUCUUAUAUGCGGAUAAAAUUUCUCUCCAAGAAGGUUUUGUUCACAGGAAAGAAAUAGCAUCUUCGUAAGUCUUCCUUAAAGAAAUGGCAUCAGAUAUUCCUGGCUCGGUGGCCUUGCCUGUGGCACCAAUGGCAAGUGGACAAGUGAGAAUGGCAGGAUCCAUGCCUUCCAGAGGAGGAAAGCGCCGCUCUGGAAUGGACUUCGAUGAUGAAGAUGGGGAGGGUCCCAGCAAAUUUUCAAGGUAUGAUGGUGAUCAAAUCUCUGGUGAUAAGGAAAAGUUUGCAAGGGAGAAUCAUAGUGAAAUUGAGAGACGCAGGAGAAAUAAGAUGACACAAUACAUCACCGAACUGUCUGAUAUGGUACCCACUUGUAGCGCAUUGGCUCGUAAGCCUGACAAGUUGACAAUUCUUCGGAUGGCCGUUUCACACAUGAAAUCAAUGAGGGGCACUGGAAACAAAUCUACUGAUGGAGCUUACAAGCCUUCAUUUCUUACAGAACAGGAACUGAAACAUCUUAUCCUGGAGGCUGCAGAUGGAUUCCUGUUUGUAGUUGCAGCUGAGACGGGAAGAGUCAUCUAUGUAUCAGAUUCUGUGACUCCCGUGCUGAACCAGCCACAGUCUGAAUGGUUUGGAAGCACUUUGUAUGAACAAGUUCAUCCAGACGAUGUGGAAAAGCUGCGAGAGCAACUAUGUACAUCUGAAAACUCUAUGACAGGACGAAUCUUGGACUUGAAGACUGGAACAGUAAAGAAGGAGGGUCAGCAGUCCUCCAUGAGAAUGUGCAUGGGAUCAAGGCGCUCUUUCAUUUGCAGGAUGAGGUGUGGAAAUGCUCCUCUGGAUCAUUUACCUCUGAACAGAAUAACCACCAUGAGAAAAAGAUACAGGAAUGGUCUUGGCCCAGUAAAAGAAGGUGAAGCACAGUAUGCUGUAGUCCAUUGCACUGGAUACAUCAAGGCUUGGCCACCAGCAGGAAUGACUAUACCAGAAGAAGACGCUGAUGUGGGACAAGGUAGUAAAUAUUGCCUCGUGGCAAUAGGAAGGCUUCAGGUGACUAGUUCUCCAGUGUGCAUGGACAUGAAUGGCAUGUCGGUCCCAACUGAGUUCUUGUCUAGGCACAAUUCUGAUGGAAUCAUCACCUUUGUUGACCCAAGGUGCAUCAGCGUCAUUGGCUACCAGCCCCAGGAUCUUCUGGGGAAAGAUAUUUUAGAGUUCUGCCAUCCUGAAGAUCAAAGCCAUUUGAGGGAGAGUUUCCAACAGGUUGUGAAACUGAAAGGUCAGGUCCUGUCUGUGAUGUAUCGUUUUCGUACCAAAAACCGGGAAUGGAUGCUGAUCAGAACGAGCAGCUUCACAUUUCAGAACCCUUAUUCCGAUGAGAUCGAAUACAUCAUCUGCACCAACACAAAUGUAAAACAACUUCAGCAGCAGCAAGCGGAACUUGAAGUACAUCAGAGAGAUGGACUGUCAUCCUAUGAUUUAUCUCAGGUGCCUGUUCCAAGUAUACCAGCUAAUGUUCAUGAGGGUGGAAAAUCUGUGGAAAAGCCUGAUGCUAUCUUCUCCCAGGAGAGAGAUCCUAGGUUUGCUGAGAUGUUUGCUGGAAUAACUGCUUCAGAUAAAAAAAUGAUGGCCUCAGCAUCCACAGCAGGAAACCAGCAGCUUUACUCCCAGGGAAGCCCAUUUCAGCCAGGACAUUCGGGAAAGACUUUCAGUUCAUCUGUGGUACAUGUGCCUGGUGUGAACGACAUACAGUCAUCUUCAUCAACAGGCCAGAAUCUGACACAGAUAUCUCGCCAGCUAAAUCAGAGUCAAGUUGCCUGGACAGGAAAUCGCCCACCAUUUCCAGGACAGCAAAUUCCAUCUCAGUCUGGCAAGGCACAGUCAUCUCCCUUUGGGAUUGGGACAAGUCACACCUACCCAGCUGAUCCAUCGUCAUACAGCCCCCUUUCCAGCCCAGCCACCUCUUCUCCAAGUGGGAAUGCCUACUCUAGCUUAGCAAACCGAAGUGCAGGGUUUGCUGAAGGUGGCCAGAGCAGCGGCCAGUUCCAAGGGAGACCUUCCGAAGUCUGGUCCCAGUGGCAGAGCCAGCAUCACAACCAGCAAAGCAGCGACCAGCAUUCGCACCCGCAGCCCAGUCAGACCGAGGUGUUCCAGGACAUGCUGCCAAUGCCGGGGGAUCCGACACAGGGUACUGGCAAUUACAACAUUGAAGAUUUUGCUGACCUGGGCAUGUUUCCACCAUUUUCUGAGUAGCUUGCGAAGCAGAAAUGGAAGUUCUUCUCCAAGAAGAUUCUGUAAUUUUGGCUCUGCUUUUUCUGUGUUGCAUCUCUGUAGAAGCUACUAAACCAGAAGACACAUUUCUCAUGUUUCAGAUAGUGGUGUAGGGCUUGCUCUCUCCUCCUUGGGGUGCGCCAGUGCCAACAGAGGAGCUCCAGCACUUGUUAGUGUUCAUUGACAGCUCCAUUUUUAUUUUUUAUUUUAUUUUAUUGUCAUCUACCUCAGAGAUGAAAAACUUUGCUUGAUUUAAAAAAAAAAUCUCUGAGUCUUAAAUAUUUGAAUGUGAAUGAUACCUAAUAUUUCCUUUGAAUGGUAAUUUUUAAAUAGAGAACGAAGUAACAAAGACUAACAGAGAAAAGGUAAGGUAAUGUCUUGCUACAGUGCCUACCGCUCAAUUUCGAUGCCUUGCUUUAAGCUUAAGUUUCUGGAAGCAGGUACAAUAUUCUGUUUUCUUUGAUUCUUGUAGUUUUUAGGUCACUUUAAAUGUGAGAUUAAGCAACAUCGUGUAGGCCUCUCUCACCAGAAGAUUCAGCUCCGCCUUUUCUAACUUAAACUUGAAUGUGUGUACAUUUUGGUACUUUAUGUAUAUCUUGUGCUGUAUGAAGUGAUUUCCUGUACUGGUUUCUUUUGCCUUUACAAAGGGUCCAUUCUGGAGUGUAUUGAAAAGGUUGAUGAUAUAUGUGGAGGAUUUAGAUACUGUGGGAGUCUCCAUCACUUCACAUAGGGUGUUCUUACUUUUAAUUCAGGUGGUUCUCUAUUCAGAACAAACAUUUACUUACAUAAGCUAUUAGUCUGUUUUUGCACUGAAUUGAGGCCUAUAACUCUAUACGUUUCUCACUGGCUGCUUUAAUUUCUAUUGGUUUUGCUUUCCCGAAAAUACUGCCUCAUAAAAAAAUGACUGUAAACACAUCAAGAUUGCAUUUUCUAUAUUAGCUGCAUUUCCUUUCUGUGAAGUACUUUUUUAUACUGUGAAACCUCACAUUUUAACAGUGCAAGGUGGUGGCCUAUUAAAUCAUUCAAGCUCAUUUGCUGCAAGCAGUGAGAUGGUUUUGUAGUGUAUAAUUUUUUUAGAGUGAGUUGGUAAUAGAUAUCAGUUGGACUAUUGUCCACACAGUGAUAACUUGAAUGUUCGCUUGGGUUCCCAAGCAAUCACUUCUGUUAAACCCUGUUAACCCUAUUCUGUUAAAUAUGGGAUUUUCAGCUUACCAAGUACUUUGAGGACUCUUGACUAUGCUGAAUGCUAUAUGCUUUUCUGCAGAGGUAAGUUAAUCACCUUCCUCUUGGGUGAGUCACCUACCAUAUGGCUUCAUCAGAAAUGUGGUAGAUAGUUUUUUAUUCAGUAUUUCAUUCACAUGACAAGUUACAGGCACUGGGUUGUAAGGUCAGCGUUUUUAUCCAGGUCAUUUCUUCUGGGAUGGGUGGAGAAGGAAGUGCUCACAAAGGAUGAGUCCAGAGCUCCUGCGUGCAGGUUGUUCAUAACCUUAGAGGUUGGAUGGUGGUAACCAGCCUUUGGAGAGGAGGAAGGGGGCAGCUUCCCUCACCCUUUGCAUAUUCAGGGGCCAUCACAGAUCUUGAAACAGCAACCCCAGGGCAUAGCCCCCAUCUAGAAGAUCUCAAUGUCCGCAGCAAUUCUUAGACUUCACAGCACUGAGGUCUGCCUUCUCAUAGCUCCUCUGGAAUUCUGGGGUGCCUCCGACGGGAGGCACCGUGCACAUCACUGCAGGCCAUAUUGUCAGGGUAAUACCCUGAAAAACAGGCGGGCCCCUGUCCUGCAGCUUGCUCUGGCCACACAGCUUUCAUGCUGACAAGCAGUGCAGGUGGCUGGGCUGCAGCAAAUGUGACCUCGGGACGCGGCUUUAGCAGUUAGCUGUAUGGUGUUCCCAUCUGAAUUUGCUUUCUUGACCUCCUCUGAGAACAGCAUGUAGUUUUCAAUAUCCAGGAAGAGUUCUUUCUACUUUCUCUCGCUAAAUCUGGGACCAAUCUCUUCCCCUAUGUGCAAGUGGGGCUAGGGGCUCUUUUUUUUAGGAAAUUUUUUUAUAUCUCUAGAUGCAGUACCGGAGAGGGCUCAGAACUCCUGGUCUGUACUUGCCUCACCAAAAUCACACUGCGAACAAAUGAAAAACCUUGUGUCUAUUCUCUCCCAGAGUCUGGGAAAAUACCUUCUUAGGUGAGCAAGCCAUGUGCUUACGCACUACUCUUCUAAAUCCAUGGAUGUUUAUUCUCUUGGAGCCUUCUCCCUUUCCGCUCGUGCUGCUCAGAUGAAUGACUGCUCAUUGCAUUAGACAGGCAAAGCUCUAGAAAUUCAUUGAUGUCUGUAAAAGGUGCCUGGAUGCUGCGCCGGCUGAGCGAGGUCAGUGUCUGUAGAGCAGGGCAUACUUUUAAACGGGACUAAUCACGAGGGAGAGAGCAAUAGAUGAGUAGUUUAUAUCUCUGCACAGAAGACAUUUGACGUGAUAAAUGUCAGUUCUUCUAACGUUUUUAAAAAACAUUGUAAAGUGAAAAAUGAAUUGAAAAAAAUCCAUUCCUUUGUUUUAUUUUACCCAACAAAGUGCUUGAAGUAUGUUUAUAGUUUACUUUUGUUCAUGAAUUCAAUCUAAAAAGAGGUUUUUUAAAGUAAUUUUCUUUCUCCGAAAAUCAGCGAUUACUUCCUCAGUGUGUCAUGGUUUUUAUACUACUGUAGAAGUCUUCUUGUGUACAGAAUUUGGUUGUGCAGUUAGAGUUGCACUGUUAGCAGAAUUUCAAGCACAUCUCUUUUUUUGUUACUGUUUUUUAAAUACAGUAUUAUUUUUUUUUUAUAGCAAAUAUGCCUGAGGUAUCAGAGCAUGGACUGCUUCUCACCUGGUAGACCACUCCUACCUUUCUGGUUGGGAAAGGGGAUGGCUACUCUGUUAUGGGGCAGUCGGGACAGUGCCAGGUUUGGGUUUUCCCUGUGAGCCAUCAUCAUUCCCCAUUUCUGUUCUGCCAUCCCAGGCCAGCGCUUUCUUCUUGGCGUUUCCUCCCCUCCCGUUCCCGGCCACCCCAUCUCUGCAGCCCCUUCCCACGCCCCAGUGGGAGGCAGGCGUUGGGUUGCCAUUCCUGAGCCAGCAAGGAGGGAGCGCUUAAUGAUCUUAAAGUUUGGCAACUUUGUGCUUCUGACCGAGCAAACGAGCAAAGUUCAGCUAUUUGCUACCGCGGCCGGGCGUCCUGCGCUGCCCUCGCCGUCUGCUGCCGUCGUGUCAGUGGCUUGCUCCGCUGAAACAGCCUCGUCCCAGGUCUUGUGGCUGAAAAAGCUGCGUAGCGUUGGCUGUGCUGUAUCUUUUUGUCGCGUGUUUGGUUACUAAAGCAACUUACUUAUCCUAUAGCUGAAGUUGUCAAGUGCAUUUGGAAUGCUAAUGUUUUUAUUACGUGCCGUUGGUGUAGCUUUGCUGGCACUUUGGCUGCCGGUUUCCAGAAUUUUACAGGUGGUGGAUUUCUUGUUUCUUUUGUGGUUUUUUAAGCUGGAAAUAAAGCUGUGAUUUCUGAUCAAACUGUGUUGCAAACACAGUGUUUCUUGAAACUGAAUCUUUUGGUUUUUAAACUGAUGGAGGACGAAACUGCAAAUAGUAAUGGUCUGAGUGAGUUAUUUCAAUGAGCGGGCAUGUAGACUGAGAAGAUUUUUAGAUACUAAAAUAUUUAUAUUCAUUUAUUCAGACAAGCAAUCCUGUGACACAAGAGGAACUCCAUCACAUUGCUUGUUACAAGCGCUACUGGCAGUACCUAUGGUGAUGCUUUUAACCAGAUAGUUCCAUUUGUAGCUUUGUUGCCUUUUUUUUUUUCUUUUGAAGUACAGUAUGAAACUGUAAAUACUUCUUGCAGUACUGCCUUUUUAACUCUUAAUUACUUUUGGCACAGUGUUAAAUAGUGUUGGAUUUACCCAAUUGCUAUGACAUAUAUUUUUAUACAUAGGUGUACUCUUUUUUCGAGAAUAAUACAGCCAUUUUGUCAUUAAUGCCUUAUCAGUGUCAUACUGCUGUUGCUCUUUGUUUGCAAGGUAUCGAGUGGACUAAUUUCUAGUUCAGGUAUUUUCACUUUUCCUGGCAGUGCUCAAGUUUGGCUUCAGGUGAUUUUUGCCAGAGUCCCAUUUUUCACAGUUGUUAGCUGUGAGAAGAGGAGAAUGUGGGCUUGGUUUUGUUUCUAUUAAUGGAGCAAAGAGAAGGCGAUGGCAUCUAAUUGUCUGUAAAAGGUCAGUCUUUUCCUACUCUAAACCAGAGUGCAUUUCACGGAACUGAUGACUGUGGGCACUGAUUACUUUGUGUAGAUUAAUGGUCUUAAAAAAAAAAAAAAAAAAAAAAAAAAAAGAAACAGAAAAAAAGAAAAAAAAAAAAGAAAAGAAAAAAAAGAAGCAAAAUAGAACAACUCCAAAAAUGGGCUUCUGUCAUUGUUAGGCACUUGGUUACGUAUCUGUUUAAACUCUUCAUAUUGAUGUGAAAUUGUGCUGUGGAUAAAGUGUAUUUUGUACUUCUGAAUGUUCUAUAUUUAUGACUAACAAGUACAGAAUCAGUUGUGUGUAUGUAUAACUAAUAACUGCCUUUUUAAAUUUCAUUAAAAUAAAAAUGUCAUGAACUGUUGUUAAUUCCUGUCUUUCUGUAAAUAAGUAAGAUACGCUAUUGGGAAUCAUCAAGUAGGAAAUAACCCUGAAUUAUAAAUUCAUGCCAAGAAUCAGAAGAUUGGGUAUUGAUCUUUGUCUUUGGAAUCUCCCCGUCCAUGAGCACACAGCAUAGGAGAAGUUCCCCUUUUAUCUGUCUUGUAUAAAGGCUGUCCAGAUGGAGCGGGAGAGGAAUGGUAGUUUGUGAUCUCAACUUUUAAAAGAAGUUCCAGAAAAACAUUAACAGCCCUGUUCUGCUGAUGACGCUGAGGUGUGUGAAUCAGUAUCUGUAUUGUAGAGGGUUUCAUUUGAGCACAAUUGAUUUAGAAUUAAUUCAUAGUCUGUAGCAGUUUUUAUUCACUCCCUGGGGUGGUAACACAGUGCAUUCUUUGUUCACCUUUUGGUCUCAUUGUUCAAAGUUUAAAAAUACUUGUAUCCUUCCCACAAACAUUCUGGUGACCUUUUCAGACUUUCUUAUGUAAAGUGCGUUUGCCUUUCACUGUGGUUCUUGAUUGUAUUUGUACUGCAUUUCUUUGUUGACUUGAUAGUUUGUGAGUGGGAUUUACCUUGCUAAUAAAUCCAAAAAGCUGAUGACUGGA